GUUACUUCCUUAGACCUUUUCAAAUCCAAAACACAGAAGAGAGAGAUUUAAGGAUCCAUUGUGAGUGACGACGAUGCCUAACUUGCUCCACACCCAUCAAUCUCACUUCUUCUUCCUCCAUCAUCCGCCAAUCAACACCGUUUAUUCCAAGUCGCAGUCUUUGCACUUCCCGCAAUCAAUGGCUCCGGUUAACCUCCGUACGAAUCUCUCCGUUCGCCGGACCGUACAGUGUAUGGCGAACCCGAGGCGAGUGAAGAUGGUGGCUAAGCAGAUAAUGAGAGAACUCUCCGACAUGCUUCUCACAGACACGGUUUUACAACACGCUGUCUUACCUGAAGCUGCACUUGGAGCUGACCGCUACCUCUCUUCUCUUACCACCAUUAGCGAUGUUGAGGUAUCUAAUGAUUUGCAGGUGGUUAAAGUAUAUGUAUCCGUGUUUGGGGAUGAUAGAGGGAAAGACGUUGCAAUUGCGGGGUUGAAAUCAAAAGCUAAGUACGUUAGGAGUGAGCUUGGGAAGCGAAUGAAGUUGAGAUUGACGCCUGAGGUCAGAUUUAUUGAGGAUGAAUCCAUGGAAAGAGGAAGCAGAGUUAUUGCAAUACUGGACAAAAUAAAAGCUGAGAAAGGAAGUGGUGAUGGUGUAAACGAAGGGCUACCAGAACCAUCUGAUUUAGCAGAGGAUAAUCAAGAUUGGGAAGUGGAUGACCCGGACGAAGACAUAAUUUAUGUAAAGUAAUGGUCUGAUGCCGUUUAUGCACCAAGCAACGAGUGCAAUGCUCUGAUAGAACGCUCCGCGUUUUUGGACAAGACUAAGGCGGAAUGGAGAACCGGAGAAGGUGAAUACCGAUGGCAGUUCAUUAUGGCGCCUGAAAGCUUGUUUGGUUCCAUUACGCAGCUUUCUCCAACAAAUUGUUAUUUUGGAUUAAUCAGUGUAAGGGUUUGGUCAUAAGCUCAUGUUUCUGCUUUCGUUGUAAUGUCUUUGUUUGGUGUUAAUGUCAGCUCUCACCAUGACCCAAGUAGAAAUUAACCAAUUCGGUUUCAUAUGUGAAAUCAAUAAUUGAUUCAAAGAAGAUAUCAUGUUUAUAGAUAAUUGUCAUGGACCAGAUAACAAAUAAUGUAUGUGAAAAUGUUGAAAAUC